ACGCUGCUAACACAGCGGGUGUGAAAGACGACGCCAUUUUGGCUCUAAUGUACUCCAGUAGCUUAUUCUGGAUUCGAUAUUUUCAAUCUUUUACGUUUUAAAUUUUCAUUUAGACUAGAAAUUUGGUUUCACAAAUUGCACCUAAUCCUAUUUUAGCUUGGUUUUAUUGUGUUAAUAUUUUGCCAAAAGGAAAAAAAGCACGCUCGGAAACCUUUACGACCAAACUCACUUAAGCGUUUCUUCCUUAGCUUUUCGUGUUUUUUUUAUAUAUAUAACUUUUGCUAUGGGUGUCUGUUCUGCACCGCACUGCUCUAACUCGUCCUACAUAGGCAAACAGCUGUUUCGGUUUCCCAAAGACCCUGAACGUAAGAAGAAAUGGGUGGUUAACUGUCAACGUGACUUUGAACCGACUCCUCACUCCAGACUGUGUCAAGAUCACUUUGAGCAGAGCCAGUUUGAGGAAAUAGCCAAGUCCUCAGCCGGCCGCAAGAAGCUAAAGCCCAACGCCAUCCCCACUCUGUUCUGUGUCAGGAACCCUCCUUACCCUGCUGUCACCACUCCAUACAUCCGACUGACGCCACUGAAGGAUGAACCAGAAAAGGAGCUUAUUUACAAAGACCAUGGCUACGCCAGGCACACCCCCCUACCUGGCAUGGGGGAGGAGAACGCUGCAGCGGAGCACGAUCCUUGCCUGGAGUGUGAGCUCCUGAAGAAACAGCUGGACGAGGAGAUGCAGCAAACAUUGCGACUAAAGCAAGAGGUAAGAGUGAUGAAGAAGCGCCUCUAUAGGCUCAGUCGGAUUGAGAUGGGUCUCCAGAGCUUUCUGUAUGAGGAUCAGAUCAGGGCUUUGUCCCUCCCCAAGCGCUCACGCCGAGCUGUCUGGUCCCCAGAGACAAUCCUGGAGGCUCGAAAUAUCCGCAGUAUUGUCGGAACCAAAGGCUACGACUAUCUGAGAGAGAUUGGGUAUCCCCUACCCUCCUAUCGGACUCUGUGUAACCGCGUGGAGACUAAGCUCAUGGUCACAACGGACAUAAACUGUGAGGACCUGGAUGAGCUGCAUCUGGGAUUCAUGGCCUCAUGCGAAAGUCCUAUAGAAAGGGUUGGAGACCAUGAUGAGGAAGAGCUAAUAGGGGUUUUGUCUUAAUCUGCAUGGGAACUACAGGUGGGAGAAUUUCCCACCGUUUCCCUUGACCUUAACAGAAAAAGGAGUUUUGUGAGCUGAAAUGUCUGUCUGUGAGAUGCCUUCGCUCAGGUCAAGUAAGACGCUCACAAUCGCAGUUGGCACUAGUUUAUCCAGUAGUGAUUCCAGCAUUGCAAAAGCUAGAAAACCCUAAAGUUAAUUAAGUCAUUUGAAAGAACGAAUGUUUGUAAAUAUGGGAUUUGGGGACAAAAAUUGCAUCAAGCAUCGUAGAAUUUGCUGCUUGUUUCUCUUGAGCUGCUCAUGUUAGCGUUCUAUUCUGGUUCUAUGUUUGGACCACUUUACACUGAAUACGGAAUUUUUAUAUUGACGCAAAAGAACAGGUGCUGGAAUUAAAGUCUAACAAUAAAACCUGAACAGAAGUGAAAA